UGCAGAUAAACAAUAAAAGAAAGAAAUUGGCCCUUUUGUCUGGUCAAAAGAGAAUUGAAGAAUGCAAGAAACUUCCAUGAUGUUUCUCACCCUUGCUAUCCAGCUGUAGAUAUAUGGGCUCUGUAUAAAUAUGUUAAUUCUGGAUAUUGAAUACCAUCUUAACUAUAUUUUCUCGCACUUGUUCCAAGAAAGUUGUCUGCAGAGAAGAGUACUAUAUUGGAUUUCUUUGUCUUAAAAAUUGGAUUCUUAGCUUGGGAUUCUGUUAAAAAGUUGGAUUUUGAGUCAUGGAGCGUGAAUCUCAAAACAGCUCAACGACGCCCAUGUACAGAGGCGUGAGGCGCAGGACUUGGGGGAAAUGGGUGUCUGAGAUAAGAGAGCCUGGGAAGAAGACCCGAAUUUGGCUUGGCUCGUUUGAUACGCCAGAAAUGGCGGCUAGGGCUUAUGACGUGGCGGCUGUGAGUCUCAAGGGGAAGUGCGCCCUGCCUAAUUUUCCAAACUUAGUGCACACUCUUCCUCGCCCUGCUUCAAACUCUGCAAGAGAUAUUCAGUAUGCUGCUGCACAAGCCGCCAUGUCAUUCAACCCUGAAGAAAACAUGGAGGCCACUUCAUCUAGUGUUGUUCCAGAGGGGCAGAAUGAGCAGACCCAAAAGUUGUCUGGUAACCAAGAGGAGUUUUUGGGCAUUUCUGAAGAAUUUAAUUCAGGAUGGAAUAUGGAUGAUGCCCACCAAGAAGCAAUCAUGGAGGAAUUCUAUUCUCCUGAGGAUUUGAUGAUCAAUAUGGCAGAAGCUCCCCUUCACACACCCCCUCAUUCAUAUGAGCACUAUAUGAAUUGUGAUGGUACUACUUACAGUUUUGAACCCUGCAUUGAAGAAAAGGACCAUCAAGAACUUCUUUGGGGCGAUUAUUGAAGCCUCCAUCAAUUCUUUUUCCUUUGAAGUAGAAAUUUAGAGUGUUUUGAUUAGAUUAGUACGGGGAAGGGCCCGGAAAGUCAUAGUAUUUAUAAUAUGCAUCUGUCUGGUAUUAUUUUUCAUUCAUGCAGAUGCUCUUACUGAUUGGUAUUGUAUUGUUAUAUAUGGAGUAGUGCUAAUUUGGGUGACUAUGGUACAGUUAUGGUGGAGAAAUUGAUUUGUCAUAUAGGUAUAUAUAGGUAUAGACUCUUCUAAUAUGACUCAUUAGUAUUAUUAUGGAGUAGUAGAUUAUUAUGUAUAGUCAGUCCAUUGGAGGCUGUGCACAGAUUGUAAUACAGUUGACAUUGUAACUCUGAGGGAAACUCAUAUUUUGGAUCAAGCUUCCUUCCUCCAUUGAUGUAAUGUAAAUAUUUAUACAUUUAACUAUUGGCCAUUGUUUC